CCUCCGUAGGCUACUGUCCCACUGGACACGAUAUGGGAGGGACUAAACGUGUGCAUCACCUACGGGAAAUACUGUCAAACUCUGGCAAGAAAACACGAUGAAAUGUUACUUUUAUCCUGGAUGUAAUUGUUACUUUUUGUCCUGCCUUGUGGAGUAGCUGUGUGUGCUGCGUCGCGGCGGUGUUUGAUCUGAAACAGCGCAGUUUGCACUCGCGGCAUCUGAGCGAUGGACGGCCCGGAUGACAUCGAGCCGGAGACUAAGAGCUCGUCGGCCCAGCCUCUGGCCGGAAGACGCUUUUCACGCGACAUACACGGCCUGAGUCCAGAUGAGAUAGAUGGCCUCAUGUCCAGCAGCGAGGGACGUCCUUUCCUUGUGGUGCAUCGUCUUCCUGAAAUAAAAGAUGAGGGUGUUCCUGCUCUAAUGCCUGGUAUCCCUAUCACAUGCAGAGUGGACAACACAGAGAAACACACUACACGCUCUAAGGUCCGUGUGGGCACCUUGUACACCGUGUUUCUGACACAUGGCCACUUCCACUGGACGGUGAAGAAGAAGUACAAGCACUUCCAGGAGCUGCAUCGAGAACUUAACAAGCACAAGGUGAUGCUGCACCUGAUUCCUGGAAGAUUUGCAAAGGACGCAGCGCAGCUGAGGGCCAUGUCGGAGGAAAUGCCCAGCCUCCACGGCACUGAGCGCACCAGGAGGACCUCCAGCAAAAUGAAAUACCUCGAGGAGUACCUGAGCGGCUUGCUGGAGAACUCGUUUUGCAGGAAUGAUCACAGCAUGAUUGAAUUCCUCUCUGUCGGCGCCCUCUCCUUCAUCACUGAUCUCGGACCAAAAGGCUUGGAGGGUCCCAUCUCUAAGAGGUCGGGGGGUCAUCGGAUCCAGGGCCUGAACUGCAUCGGUCACCAUCAGUUCUGUUUCCGCUGGUCCCAGCGCUGGCUGGUGGUCAAAGACUCCUUCCUGAUGUACAUGAACCGAGACUACGGAAAGAUCAACUUCGUGUUGCUGUUUGACCCGGAGUUCAAAGUGAAAGUGGGCCGCACUUACACCGACACCAAAUACGGAGUCUGCUUCGAGAACUUCACUCGGAGUCUGGUGAUCAAAUGCCGCAGCUACAGACAGGCUCAAUGGUGGAGUCAUGAAAUCAACCGGCUGUCCGACUCCAGCGACUUCCUCAAAGUUCAACGCUUCGAAGGGUUCGCUCCGCCGCGGGAGGACACGCUCACCAAAUGGUUUGUGAAUGGAAGCGGCUUCCUCUCAGACCUGGCUGACGCUCUGGAACAAGCCAAGGAGGAAAUCUUCAUCACAGAUUGGUGGCUCAGCCCUGAGGUCUUCCUAAAGAGACCGGCUACUGAUAACUUCUGGCGCCUCGAUGAGAUCCUCAAACGCAAAGCAGAACAAGGAGUCGAAGUGUGUGUUCUGAUGUACAAGGAGGUGGAGAUGGCACUGGGCAUUAACAGUGAGCACAGCAAAAGGACUCUCAUGAAUAUGCAUCCGAACAUCAAGGUAAUGCGACAUCCUGACCAUGUGUCGUCCGUGGUGUUCCUGUGGGCUCACCAUGAAAAGAUGGUGGCCAUUGACCAAACUGUGGCCUUUGUGGGGGGGAUCGACCUGGCGUUUGGGCGGUGGGACGACAGCCUGUACCGACUCACUGACCUGGGGUUGAGAGAGACGUCUGACACCGUAACAGGAGAGGAGACCGACGGAGAUACAGGGGACAAUGGUGUGUCAAAACCAUCUGAACCAGAAGUGGAGCAGAACCUCGACGAUCUGACGGGAAACACUAAGCUGUGGAUCGGCAAAGACUACAACAACUUUAUCAAGAAAGACUGGGUGCAACUGGACAAACCGUUUGAAGAUAACAUCGACCGCACUCAAGUUCCCCGCAUGCCGUGGCGUGAUCUGUCUGCAGCUGUUCAUGGCCAAGCUGCAAGGGAUGUAGCCCGUCACUUCAUCCAGCGCUGGAACUUCACCAAGAUCUUCAAAAACAAGUACAAGGACGAAUUCUACCCUUACCUCCUUCCCAAGUCUCACUGCACCGCUGACUCACCCUCGUUCACCGUACCCGGAUCCAAGAAGGCCAAAGUGCAGGUGUUGCGCUCUGCAGACCGGUGGUCUACUGGAAUCUGUGAGAACUCGAUCCUGAACGCCUACAUCCACACCAUCGAGAACAGCGAGCACUACAUCUACAUCGAGAACCAGUUCUUCAUCAGCUGUGCCGACGGGAAGACCGUCCACAACGGGAUCGGGGAUGCAAUUGUGAAACGAAUCCUGCGUGCAUACAGUGAGCAGAAGAAGUACAGAGUGUUUGUUGUGGUUCCUCUGCUUCCUGGAUUCGAGGGAGACAUUGCGUCAGGAACCGGAGUUGCGAUUCGAGCGAUUCUUCACUUCACUUACAGGACCAUGUGCCGAGGAGAGCACUCCAUACUGUCAAGACUUAGUGAAGUGAUGGACCAGUGGACGGAGUACAUCUCGUUCUGCGGCCUGAGAACACACUCUCAGCUCUGCGAGUCUCUCGUCACGGAGCUCAUCUACGUUCACAGCAAGUUCCUCAUAGCCGAUGACCGCUGCUACAUCAUCGGAUCAGCCAACAUCAAUGACCGCAGCAUGCUGGGCAGCAGAGACAGUGAGAUGGCGGUGUUUGUGGAGGAUGAGGAGCGGGUCCCCUCCACCAUGGGGGGGCAGGAGUACCAGGCCGGACCCCUCACACUCGCUCUGCGAAAAGAGUGUUUCAGAGUUCUUGUCGGAGCUUCUUCAGACCCCAGUGUCAAUAUUGACGAUCCCAUCAGCGAUGAGUUCUUCUUCCUGGGCUGGAACGAACCAGCGAAACUGAACGCUGAGAUUUAUGAAAAGGUCUUCAAAUGUCUGCCCAACAACUCGGUCCACAACAUGCGAGAGUUGAAGGAAUACUCUGCCCACGAGCGUCUGUGCGACUCUGACCCUGAGCAGGCAAGAGAGGAGCUGAAGGCCGUGCGAGGGUUGCUGGUUCACUUCCCCCAGAAGUUCCUGUGUGAGGAGGACCUGCUGCCUCCGAUAAACACUAAAGAAGGCAUGGCUCCUGUUGGUCUGUGGACAUAACUCAGCUCAGACCACUACGUUACAUCUCCACUGGCUUCAGAUGAUCCUCCUCAUAGUUUUGAAUGGUCAGCACAGUUCACUAAAGUAGUUACUGUACAGCACUGACACUUCAGUGGUGAGGAUCACCUCAAAACAAUGUGUUGGUGCAUCAUUGAUGUUUUUAUUUUUAUGAAUGAACAUAACCACUGAAAAUUAGAUUUGAUCAUGAUUUAGAACAAGGCAAGGGCUUUUUCUGGUUUUCCCUUUCCUGUAGUGUGUUAUAUAGGUUUAUGUGAAUGUAAAUGGUGUACUGAGGCUACAUUCCCUCUAAAAGUUCAACCAGGAGGGAGUUUUUCACCCAUCGGCCGGAAAUGACGCUAUUGGGGUCCUGCUGUAAAAUAAUGACAUCACUAUCUAAUACUUGCGCUUCCAUUGGCUCCAACACAUUGUAUGUGAUAGGCUAAGGGGCGGGACAUCCCUAAGCGGCUGACCAAUCACAACAGAGCCAGCCAGCUAACCAAUCAGAGCAGACUGGGCUCUGGUUUCAGACAGAGGGUGAAAAGAGGUGCUGCAGCAUGAAAAAAAAAAAAAAUACCUUUUGGAAUAUUAAAGUGUCACAGUAGAGACACUAAAUACUAAUAUGAACCUGCAUUUGAGCAUAAUAGGGCCCCUUUUAAAAAAAGUCAUAAAUAUAAAUCAAGCUUAAAUAGACAAAAAGAAAAGUCUUCAGGCUGGAUUUCAAAGUAGUGAGAAUUGCGUUGUUUGUUCCACAUAUAUGUAGCAUAUCUGGUUACAGGAGGUUGAGCUGAGUUGUUUCAUUCUGCUGCUCAAUAUGAGCGGUGGUGUUGAACACAAAUGAAUGUAUGAGUCAGGAGAGGAUGGCGAGUUGGUAUUGGAAAUCAACACAUGAUCUGGGAACAUAGUGUACAGUUAUUGGUGCAAGGUUUUUGGAUGGGUGGGUGGGUGGCUUCCGUCUCUGUCUCUGUUCGCUCUCACUCUCUCUUCCUCCGAGGCUUCACCUCUCUCUGCAGUGCCAGCAAAUCUGUCAGAACAUUUGUGGUUGUUAUGGUGACGGAUAUAAAGAGAUGACUGGAUUGUAUCUGAAAUAAGAAAGACUGAACAGGGCAGGAAAGGGAGAGAGCACCUAAAAAAAAAAUGGGGCUAAAUCGAGAGAGUACGGGAAAAAUAGAAAGGUAAUAUGCAGAGAAAAAGGAGGACUGACUAUUUUCUGUGCAGAUUUCAUAUUUCUGGAUCAGUGAUCAGGUGACGACACUGUCUGUGAGAGGAGGAGAAAAAAGGAGGACAAGAUAAUUGAAGGGUGUUAGGUUGAUUUACCGCAAAUUGUUGCAGGUUUUUAAGUCACCAUGACAACCAAAGUGAGUUAUAAUUCCACCAUGUGCUCAGCAGAACAGAACAAAUCAUUCCUCUUCAGCUAUUUCCGUCACCGCUCAACAAUUACGUGUCCAGGUGCCAUAAAAUGUCCUGCAUUACUCCCCUUUGCUCAUUUUCAUCCUACCAGGCUUUCAUUUAGAGCACAUUACACUGUAACUUAGUGGUGACAUUACUUGGCUUACACUCAUCAAGUCCUUUUUAUUCACAAAGAUGUUUUUUAUAUAUAUAUAUAUAUAUAUAAAAAAUGACAUCCUUGUUUUGCUGAAAACCAGUAAAUCCCAUUUCCUGAGCCAUGAGGAACUGAGUUCAAUUGAGCAAGCCUUGCACUGGACAAAUAGGAAGCAUCCCUCUUUUGUAAAGUGUAUCCGAAAUCGUAUGUAAUAAUUUAGCAGACUGUAUUGUAAGUCCUGCCUUCCUCGUGCAUUUCCAUAGCUGUCAGACACAAAAGGAGAACGUUGAAGAUUCCUUACAUUGCCAAGUUUAAUGACACAUAUGCAAAGCACCUUUAUCAUGUCCUGUUUCUUUUCAAGAGUACAACCAGCAGAGGGACAGACACCUUGUCCUUUGUAUUUUUAAAAGAUCCAUCAAAAGUAGAAAAUUGCUGAGCCUGUGACACAACACUACCAAGUCGGUAUCAGUGCAAUCUGACAGAUGACAAGUUUCCCACAUCGACGCUGCUCUGCCUCCAUGAACCACCUUUCACAGACGAGCUAAGAAAUUCAGCAUUUCUGGCUUCAGAUUAAUUCACCUUUUUCUUUGGAAGAUUUAAAAAUGCUACUAGAUAACACUAGGCGCUGGGUUGUUACCUUAAUCUCCUGUAAAGCACAAAAUGGUUGCCCUUGUACUGUUUCUAUCAUGAAUUUUAUUUUUAUCUGACUACGAGCCAGCAUUUCUAAUACAUUUUUAUGAAUAUACUAAUAACCAAAAAAAUGUGUGUGUUAACUCAUCACUUUUAAUCUUAAAUCACCAUGUUAAAACCUUGUGUAUGCAAAUGUAUAGAUCUGGGAUAUUACCGUAGAGUUGCUGAUGUAUAACUAACACUCAGGAGUAGAGAGAUAAUCAACAUGCUUUCACUUAAGUACAGUUAUGAAUAACUUUGAGGUAUUAUACUUCCCUUGUUUCCUCAAUAAACUUGUUUUUAUAUGGAAUUUA